UGGGGAGAGAGAUAUGGAUCACCUAAGGAGAAUAUUGUAAAAAAUUGUCAUGUCAAAACUAGUUCAUUUCUUAUUCAACAUCCCCCUAUAAUAAACCCCCUAUAAUAGGCUUGUUUUACUAAUCUCAUGCUCUGGUUGCAUAGCUGCCUACCUGUAGAACCAGCCAAGAAAACCUUUGUCACAUUGGCAGAAUCUCCACAUUGAAAGAAUCUCAAUUGCACCCUUCUCGCGUCCUCUUGCCUCCUUCUCCAAAUACAAUUGGAGGAGAAGGUCAUAGGGGCGGGACCUUUGGUUUUUUCAUCCAAAGGGUUUUGAGAAGGAGGCGAGGAGAGAGGACGCGAGGAGGAUACAAUUGAGAUUAUCCCAUUGUGAGGGGUUGGUUGCUGCAGUGCCGCCUCAGCCUGCCUGCCUUCAGGAAGUGGUCAGUGUUCUGUGUGGAUUUCGGUUCGGACUGUUUUUGUUCCUAAACAAAGUGCGAGUCAUUUCGCGUGGGCUGGUAAAGUAAUUUAGGUUGAAUCGAUUUAUCGUUUUGUUGUCAUUCAAGUCACCUAUAUUUGAUUAAAAUAUUUCGGAAUCUAUAAGAGAUGGGUCCUGGAUAACGAGAAUAUUCUAGAAACAGCAGAGAGUACGGGGUUUCGAUUGCGGGAAGGGAUGAGCAGAGGCCCGCGUCCGUCAAGGAGCUUAGCGAGGGCUGAAGUACGGACUCGCCGGCCAUUGUGCACAAAGACGGGGAGACGGCACUCAAAAUUAUACAUGUUUUGACCCCUGAUUCUGUUCUGGGAGAGUUCUGACCUGUUACAUCGCCAAGAUAGCUGGACCGGGCAGAAAGCGGCACACCUCAGAACCAGACCCCAGCAGCGGCAGCAGCAGUGACGCCGGCGACGGGCGGCCCGUGAGCGCCAAGCGCCUGAAGAUGGCCAGCAGCAGUGAGUCAGGCCGGCGGAAUGGGGGUCGGCGCAGCGCAGAUGACAGCACCAGCAAGAAGAAGCAGAAGGACAGGGCCAACCAGGAGAGCAGGGAGGCCAAGCGAGCAGCAGCCGGGGCCAACGCAGAGCACAAGAAAGAUGUGUUUGUGGACUGGAAGCAGAAUGCAAAUGAGGUGAUCGUGAGGCUGCGCUGUGGAGACGGGGUGCAGAGGGUGGAGGACGUCGCCACUACCUUCACCGACACGGACUGUCAGGCCCACUUCCCAGAUGGGCGCCAGUGGGACUGUCAUCUGCAUGAGGAGAUUGAGGGCUCCUGCAGCAAAGUGCAGUACAAAGAGAAGGGUGGCUUCCUCCUUCUGGUCAUGCACAAGAAGAUCCCCUUCCACUCCUGGCCUUCCCUUAUGCAAAAUAAAAAAGAGAAGCAGCCUGUGAACGUGGAGGCCAAGAACGGCAAAGACCAGAAACAGCCGCCGCUGGUAAAGCCGCUGGUAAAGCCAGAGAAAUCUGUCCCGGAGAUGGCAGACAAGCCCAAACUGUCCACCCAGCCUUCUGCUCCACCGGCACAGAGCGAACAGAGGCGUAGCAAAGCAGAGCGCGGUGUCAAACGCACCAUGAACAACAAACCAGCUGACAGGCCGGAGGCUGGGGUGAAGGCUGCAGAAGAGGGGCAGACCAAGCCUGUCAGUGUCAGUAAAGGGGACCUGCCUCAGGAGCCCAGUGCCAAGCGCACCGUCCGUCCCCCAAAGGACCCCACCUCAGAUACACCCAGGGAUACACACCCCAAGUCCACAGCCAAUGGGAAACCACACAGCCCCACUGCCACUGGCCGGGACCCACAGACAUCUACAGCUGGUGACAAUCGAGCUGAGCUGCUAGGAAACGGCCAUGAGGGUACAACACCUGAGGUAGCCGUCAGCCACACGCAGCAGGAGUUGAAAAUUCAGAUGGAGGAUAAGAAGGCCCCAGAGUCUGAUUUCAAGGCUGGGGCAGAAGAGGUAAUCGUACCGGCAGCCACUGUGUCCACUGCUGGGUUCAGCCCCAAGGCUGGAGCCUCCACAAACACCAACAGAACAGAGAGGCCAGGGGAGGCUGAGAGGACUGACUCUGAGACGCUAGUGAGAGCGUCUCAGAAUGAGGCUGACCAGGCCACUGAGAGACUAACACCAACCAAACAGUCAGGAUCAGGGGAGCCUAUGACUGCAACACCCACCAAGCAGGCUGAUUCCCCCAGCAGCAGCAGCACAGAGGAGGAGAAGAGGGACAGGUCUAAAGAGGAACCUCUGGAGAUGAAGCAGGAGGAUGCAGUUCCAGAGCCAAUGGUGAACCUGAAGUUGCUGAAGAACGACUCGUACGAGAAAGGGACAGACCUGAUGGUGGUCAACGUGUACAUGAAGGGCAUCUUCAGAGAGACGGUCAGGGUGAUCUUCAGGGAACAGGACUUCACACUCCUCUUCCAGACCAGCGAUGCAAAUUUCUUGCGCCUUCAUGCAGACUGCGGAGCGAAUACGGUCUUUAAGUGGCAAGUCAAACUCAGGAACCUCAUCCAGCCUGAGCAGUCUACGUACGCCUUCACCCCGUCCCGUUUAGACAUCACCCUGAAGAAGAGGCACAGCCAGCGCUGGGGGGGCCUGGAGGCCCCCACAACACAAGGUGCAGUGGGUGGCGCCAAGGUUGCUGUGCCCUCCGGACCGUCCUCUCAGACGAGUCAGCCGGGCAGCAGCCAGCACACCCUCCCUGCCAAGGAGGAGCCCCCCCGGGUGGGGGAGGAGAAACCCAAGCCCCCUCGGACAGAGGACGGAGUCCUGGACAGUGUGUCAGCCCGCACCGUCUCAGACCAUGUCCCCAUCAAACAGGAGCCUGUAGUCACGCCCAAGCCCACCUGCAUGGUCCAGCCCAUGACCCACGCUCCUCCUGCUGGCAGCCAGCGCAGCGUUGAGGAGGAGGAAGAGGAGGAGGAGAAGGUGUGUCUGCCAGGCUUCACAGGCCUGGUCAACCUGGGCAACACCUGCUUCAUGAACAGUGUCAUCCAGUCUCUGUCCAACACCCGGGAACUCAGGGACUACUUUCAUGACCGGGCUUUUGAGAAUGAGAUCAACUGUAAUAACCCGUUGGGGACAGGUGGUCGGCUGGCCAUCGGGUUCGCUGUGCUGCUGCGGGCGUUGUGGAAGGGUACCCACCAUGCUUUCCAGCCCUCUAAGUUAAAGGCGAUCGUGGCCAGUAAGGCCAGUCAGUUUACAGGCUAUGCCCAGCACGAUGCCCAGGAGUUCAUGGCCUUCCUCCUGGAUGGGCUCCACGAAGACCUGAACCGCAUCCAGAACAAGCCCUACACAGAGACGGUGGACUCAGACGGACGGCUGGACGAGGUGGGUGAAAUAGAGGUGGUGGCAGAUGAGGCGUGGCAGAGGCACAAGAUGAGAAACGACUCGUUCAUUGUAGACCUCUUCCAGGGCCAGUACAAAUCCAAGCUUGUCUGCCCCAUGUGCACCAAGGUUUCCAUAACCUUUGACCCCUUCCUCUACCUUCCCGUGCCCCUGCCCCAGAAGCAGAAGGUCCUCACAGUGUUCUACUUUGCUAAAGAGCCUCACAAGAAACCUAUGAAGUUCCUUGUGAGUGUGAGUAAAGAUAACUCGAGCACAGCUGAGGUCCUGGAGUCCAUCUCUAGGAGUGUGAGGAUCAAGGCAGAGAACCUGAGACUGGCUGAGGUAGUGAAGAGUCGCUUCCAUCGGAUCUUCCUCCCAUCCCACUCCCUGGACACAGUCUCCUCCUCAGACAUGCUCUUCUGCUUCGAGGUGCUGUCUAAAGAGCUGGCCAAGGAGAGGGUGGUGCUGCUCAGAGUCCAGCAGAGGCCUCAGGUCCCCAGUAUCCCAAUCUCUAAGUGUGCUGCCUGCCUGAAGCCUCCUCUCUCGGAGGAAGAGAAACUGAAGCGCUGCACCCGCUGCUACCGUGUUGGCUACUGCAACCAAGUUUGCCAGAAAAAACAUUGGUCCAACCACAAGGUUCUGUGUCGCCCCAACAUGGAGAAUGUGGGGCUUCCCUUCCUGGUCAGCGUCCCUGAGUCCAGACUCACCUACGCCCGUCUGUCCCAGCUGCUGGAAGGAUACUCAAGGUAUUCGGUGAACGUGUUCCAGCCUCCCUUUCAGUCUGGCAGGACGUCCCCAGAGGUCCUCCAGUGCCGGGCUGACCUUCCUCCUCCAGCAGAGAUCUCUGAAGGUGUGGGGCCAGGGGAUGAGGCCAGGGGCGUUGGGGGUGGGGCAGGGGACUCUGAGCAGGAGAGCUCCUCUCUGGUCCCUGAGUCUCCACUCUCAGCCGGAGACCCAGACGCCCUCUCCACCCACACCACAGACUCAGGUUUCAUUGAGCCCUCCUCUGGCUCCCAGGACUCCCAGGGAGAGAAGGAGACCUCCUGUGAGAAGGCUGUCAGGCCAGAAGGUAAAGCUGCAGUGACAGGCUACCAGCAACCAUCAGAGUCUGCGUCCAGCCACGCCUCUCAGUUCUACAUCACCAUCCUCGACUCCAACAGCAAGGAGCAGACACUGGAGGAUAAAGAAGAGGCAGUUCUGGACCUCCCUGAGGACUCCAGCCUGGAGCUGGUGUGGAAGAACAACGAGCGUCUCAAGGAGUAUGUCCUGGUCCGGUCCAAGGAGCUGGAGUUUGAGGAGGACCCUGGGUCGGUCAGCGAGACGGCCAGGGCUGGACACUUCACCCUGGAGCAGUGCCUCAACCUCUUCACCAAGCCUGAGGUGCUGGCACCAGAGGAGGCAUGGUACUGUCCAAAGUGCCAGCAGCACAGAGAGGCCUCUAAGCAGCUGCUGCUGUGGCGUCUGCCCAACGUCCUCAUCAUCCAGCUCAAACGCUUCUCCUUCCGCAGCUUCAUCUGGAGGGACAAGAUCAACGACAUGGUCGACUUCCCCGUCAGGAACCUGGACCUCAGUAAGUUCUGUAUUGGUCAGAAGGACGACAUGCAGCAGCCACCCAUCUAUGACCUCUAUGCGGUCAUCAAUCACUACGGGGGCAUGAUCGGAGGUCACUACACUGCCUACGCACGCCUGCCCAGUGCCCAGAACAGCCAGCGCAGUGAUGUCGGCUGGCGUCUGUUUGAUGACAGCACGGUGACGAUGGUGGAGGAGAGCCAGGUGGUGACGCGCUAUGCGUACGUGCUGUUCUACCGCCGCCGCAACUCCCCCGUGGAACGACCAGCUCGCUUCCUGGGGCCCCUGGGGGCCGAGUCCCCCACCGCUGCAGGAGCCACUACCAGCCAGAAGCUGACACAGGUUUCCGCCGUCGCAGGCCUCUCUGAUAUGGCAGGAACUGGAGGAGGAAGAGGAGGGUGUUGAAGAGGGCCGCCGGGGCCUGUUCCGUCCCGGGCUGGGGAGGAGAAGAGCAGCCAGGAGGGUGGAGGGGGUGGAGGGGCAGGUGCGGCGGCUGCUGCUGCUCCAAAGGAUCUUGAAUUAUUCCGACGACGACUGCGUCCGAUAUUUCGUCCUGGGUACCUUGGCUGCUUUACUAGCGUUGUUACUGAACCUACUCUACAGAGCCAACUGGGGCUAAGUGGCCAUCAUCACACCCCACACAUACACACGUACGCUUAUACACUAAGAAAUGAAAAGCCUAAUGACCUAUCCAUGCCAAUAUAAAAAACUGUUUGUUUUUUAGAUGGCCUAUAAAUCAAUAUGCUGCUGAACACAUUAAAAAUGUAAAACUAAAUUAUACAUAGCAUAUCCAUUAAUCAAGCCUAGUAGCAUCUACUAGGAACGUUCCUCAGCAAGGCUUGGCCUUAUUAUAUACCGCAGUCCAUAACUUAUGUCCGUAUAAUCUACGCUAAAUUGUAGUUCAAGCAUACUUCAACCCAACAGGCCUUUAACUUAUCCUCCCCUUAUUUGUGUCCAUGCCAAGUCUCUCUCACGUGUAGGUUUUUAGUACUAAAAUAUGAAAUGCACAUUUUCUGAAUGGCUAGGCCUAUAUUUUGCAGAAGUGAUGCUGCUGAGAGGACUUGAACUAGGGUAUAGGGUUAAAGUCCUACUGUAAUAGUGUUGAGUGGGUGAGGGAAUAAGAUAUUGUAGUACUGCUCAUUCACAGAUAUGUAAUCCUUUAGCUCCAUCCCAGGAUGGUAUGAUGGGCAUUACUGCAUGCUUUGUUCAGUCAUGACUUUAUACUGUAACCUGAAGACAGCUAAAAUGUGUAUUUGCCUUCUCAAUGAAUACAGAGUGUUUAGACUUACUGUAAGCUAUUAUGUGCCUUUUGCUUGUUUGUCACGUUGCUGAUUUUAUUUUAGAUUUUAUGUUGUCAAUGGUAAGCUCUUAAUUCAGCAGUUUUAUUGCUUUCUGUCCACCAGGGUUGGGCUCAAUUCUAAUUGAAGGCCGUUAAUUCAGGAAAUGAUUUGAAUUUAAAAUUCAGAAAUGUGUGAACUUUUGAAAUAAAUAGCUUUUACUUUUCAGUUUAUUGAGAAGUCAUUGAAAAUAAAUGCCCUUUUUUAGAUGAUUGGAUUGCAAGUUUUGUUUACUUCCUGAAUUGACUGCCUUCAAUUGGAAUUUUUUAAAUUUCUUUAUUUAUUUCACCUUUAUUUA